GACCACCUUCUCAGUUCUAUCUUUUCAGUUUAGUUUGACUUUAACCAUGCCUCGCUGCGGACCGGUUUUUAAAAAAAUGCGACAUGGUUUUGCCAAAAAAAAGUCGGUACCUCUUGCGCUAUCGUCUCCUCUUCCAUCGGAUUCACGUUCUAGUGCUAAAAUUGAGUUGCCAGAAGACGAAAAACGAUUAGUAGAUAACUACAAAUCCCAAAAAUCGGAGGAAAGGAGGAGUAGAUUCCGCACUGGAGGGGGGCCCACAUCACCACCGAAAGUUGAGGAUCCCUGGUUACCAAUUGAAAAUAUUCCGGACGACGAUGACGACUUCAAUGACUAUAAUAGCGAUCAUGAUGAAACUGAGGUGCUGGAGGGUAUGAGGUCAGCAAGCCCAAAGCCUGAUACUCCGGGAUCUGCAACUGGAUCCGCUCAACCACGCAUCAAACGUGUCUCAUCCAAUGCAGACAAGUUCCACAAGAAGAAAAUGGAGUACCUUGAAGAGGAACAUAAACUUAGAUUGACUGUCAUCAAUGAAGAACAUAGGGCUAAAAUGGAAGCCAUUGAGAAGGAGAAAAAAUAUUGGACUUUGAUGGAGGCCAAUGCCCAGAAACAAAUGUCUUUUCAAAGGGAAAACUCUCACAGCUCUAUUGAGCAAAAAACGUUGGGUUACUAAGUGGAAGCAUUGAACAUAAUUGAAUGCCUGGUUAUCAAGGGCAAAAACUUUUGUUUGAUAAAAUUAUUGGUAAUUAUUUCACUUCAAGAUUACUUUCAUAUUCUUUUCUCAAUUUGUCAUUAUCAUUAUCACUUAUUUAUCAUUUUAUAAUAUCCAAUAAAAUAGAUUCAUACUUGAACA